GUGAUCUGGAAGCGGUGAUCUGAUUCGAUAGUCUUGGGCGAUACGCUCGUGAGCUAGUUUGGGGCUUGCUUUUGACUCGUUUCCCUCCAAUUGGAUGAAAUUUAGGGAUUUCUGAGAGCCUGGACGAAACCCUAAUCUGGAUUUGAUCUGAUUCGAAGACCUAAUCCUCCCCAGCUGCUCUCAAAUCCUUGCAAGAAGAAGCUAUUUUCGAGUUUCAAGUACGACUGCACGAACAAGUUGAGUCCUUUUCUCCCGUAUCUCUUGAAAAUCUUGGGAUUCAUCGUUCUAGGGUUUUAGAAUUUCUAGAAAAUCCGGAGUUUUUCAUGUGUUAUUGGAACUAUAUGGUUUGAUUUGAAACAAGGGUUUGGAUGGAUGUGGAAAUAGAUGAAUCUUUGCAUUAGGGGAUUAGGGUUAUUUUAGGUUCGGAUAAUCUACAAAUCUCUUCGUUUUUGUUGCUUUAAUCGUUAGGUUUUUUGGGUUUUGAUGAUCUUGAGUGGGAAGAAGGUGCAAAUAAGGUUUUUUGGUUUGAAGGGUUGAAGAAAGAAGGCAGCUUUGAGAAAUUUAGAUUCUAUCUCGAUGAGUGAGAAAAAGGAUGGUGGAGAGUCAGCGUAUGAAGCUUCAAAGCUCUCUAGCAAAGACCAGAGUGAUGUAGGAGUAGAAGAGAAGGGUUCACCUUCUUUGGCUGUGAAUCCAAUGGAUGCGCAUAUCCACAAGCUACAAGAAUCAGAGGCUGAAGCUGGGCCUGGGCCUGGGGCUAGCAAUAACGCGGACCUUGCAGGAACCACAUCAGAAGUCGGCCAUGUUGAAGCUGAGCCAAAUGAUAAAGAUAUUGGUGUAACACCUGAUUCAAAUAAUAGCACUGAAGACCUUGCUUUGAAUAAUGCUACUGAAGAUCCACCUUUGGUGAAACAUGUGGAGAAUGCUGAUGAGCAUGCUGUUGUUGGUGUUAAGAAAGAAAAGGAGGGUGAGGUGGUUGAUUUACCUGUGGAGAGUGGUGGAAGACAUGGUGAGAAAGAUAAUGCUAAAAGAACGGAUUCUGAAGAUAAUCAUAACCUAGAAACUGCUACAAAAGAGGAAAAGGAAGAGGAGGAUCCAUCUAAUGAUGCACCCAACCAGUCUUUCAUAUUUGACUACACGGAGGGUGAAGAAUCUGGAACAGAAGAAGAUCAGGUGGCUUUCAUGAAUGAACUGGAGACCUUUCACAGGGAAAAAAAUUUGGAGUUCAAGCCUCCCAAGUUUUAUGGAGAAGGACUGAAUUGCCUGAAGCUGUGGAGAGCAGUCACAAGAUUGGGUGGCUACGACCAGGUCACAUCUUGCAAGCUCUGGCGUCAGGUGGGAGAGUCUUUCAGGCCUCCAAAAACUUGUACCACUGUUUCUUGGUCAUUCCGGAUAUUUUAUGAGAAGGCCCUACUUGAGUAUGAGAAGCAUAAAAUUCAGACUGGUGAGCUGCAAGUACCUAUACCUUCAGUCCCAGAGACCAUGCCACUUGAACAUCAGGUGGGAGGAAGUCAAGGUUCUGGCUCAGGAAGAGCGAGAAGGGAUGCUGCAGCUCGGGCUAUGCAGGGUUGGCACUCUCAGAGGUUACUUGGUAAUGGUGAGGUUGGAGAUCCAAUCAUCAAGGAUAAAAGCUCAGUGAAAGAUAAGAAUUCUAAAGGCAUUGGUAUUGUUAAGAGGAAGAAACCAUCUAGCCUGGAACAUACAGAAGCCAAAGCUGCACGUCCGAAAGUCGCUAAGACACAGACUGAUAUAAUGGUAGUUGAUGUUGGGCCUCCUGCUGAUUGGGUGAAGAUCAAUGUGCGGACAACUAAGGAUUGCUUUGAAGUUUAUGCUUUAGUUCCUGGGCUUCUGCGUGAGGAGGUACAUGUCCAGUCAGAUCCUUCUGGUCGUUUGGUUAUAUCAGGUGAGCCGGAGCAGCCAGAUAAUCCUUGGGGUGUCACCCCUUUUAAGAAGGUUAUAACCUUGUCAUCACGCAUUGACCCCCAUCAGACAUCAGCAGUUGUCACUCUUCAUGGUCAGCUUUUUGUCCGUGCUCCUUUUGAGCAGUCAGACUCGUAGCCGACAAAUGAGGCUGACUAACUGAUGAAAUGCGUCAUAUACAACUGAUUAAAUGGAAAGUGAAAAUACUAUGACAUCUUUGUUGAUACUUACCUGCGCAGUUCAGGUCAUAAAGACUAUGAGCGGGAUUAGCCAUCUUCUAGAAUGCUGAUGCUUUAACAAAUUUCUUGUAAAUUGGUACUCAUUGUCGCAUCUUCUGCAGUGAGGAACAUUGUGCACUGCAAACUUAGAAGUAGAAAACAUCCUUGCGGACCGUUUGUUCAUUAGCUUUGCAAGACUGCUUUCUUGUAAUGGGCUAUUGUACAAGACGCAGUCUGAUGUGUUUGUUAUUCGGUAGGGAUAUCAGUCUCAUUUUACAGAUCGAUGCUAUGCUGUAUUUAACCCAGAUGUGUGUUUCAGAAGAUGGAAUUCUAUUGCACAUUGAAAACUUGAUGCUUAUAUGAUUUUCAUUCGCAGCCA